AUGGUUGCGAAAAUCAAUAUAGUGAUCAGACGCGAGUACCCAGCAAUCAACGCCAACCCCCCCUGCUGUGACAAUAUAAUAUCCACCAAACUCGAGUGUAAGCUGGCGGUAUCUGCGCUCCGAUGGCAGCCCAAGAAAAAAAAAAUCAAGUCCAGAUGCCCGAGGCAGAUAGCAGCAAAAAAUGUGUGGCACCCUCCUAUGCUCCCUGCGCAAAGCAACCAAAGUGAUCGAAUAGAAGAUGGUCCGCACCGUGAAAACGCCUUCCAUUGCAAGUUCUGCCCCGCUCAUCCGGCCAGUGGCUGA